AUGCAUACCUUUUUUACUUUAUUACAAUCGUCGAUUAUGCACCGACGAGUAUCAUCACGAAGGAUGGUGAGUUCGUUCAUUAAUUUUACCCUAUUACCACGAGACAUUCAAGCUUAUAAACGUGAUGGUGUCAUUUGUCUACGUGGUGUUUUGUCACCCGCUGAAUGUGCUGAAAUGUACCAAGCAUCUAUGGAAUUUAUGAUAGAAAAUAAAGGUCGCAUUCGUUAUGCCAAAGAUGACAAACGGUUUUUCAGUGCUGGCUUCAUGUCCGAUACAAUUCCUAUGUUUGAAAGAUUCGCAAAGCAUUCACAAUUACCAUGUAUCGCCGCUCAACUCAUGGACAAUGUGAAAAUGGUAAGAUUUUUCUACGAUCAAUUAUUUAUCAAAACACCUGGGGCACAAGCUCGAACGGCAUGGCAUAACGAUUUAUCGUAUUGGCCAUUUCGUGGAAAUGAUUUAAUAUCGAUAUGGUGUGCACUGACACCGGUUACGAGAAAAUCAAGUGGCAUCGAAUAUAUCCUCGGGACACAUCUAAAUAAAAUUCUCUAUCGAGCAAUAACACCGGAUGAGGAUGAAAAAUUUAUAGAUCCUAGUCGAGUGGCAUGUCCAGAUUUUAGUCAAAAUCCAAGCAUUCUAUCAUGGGAUAUGGAAGCAGGUGAUGUUCUUUGUCAUCAUCCACUGACAGUUCAUGGAUCGGGUGCUAAUAAUUCCUUGACCGAUCAACGUAUAGGCUUGUCAUUACGCUACCUGGGAGAAGAUGUAAGCUGGUAUCCGUCGAAUUAUGUAAUGCAAAUUCCACGAGAUUUAAAGCAGCUAGUGGUUGGAGAGUAUCCAGCAGAUGACAAAGUGUUUCCACCGAUCUAUAUCCACAACGACUAA